AUGACGCCUCGAUGCGGCGGGUCCGCGUCGUCCUCGAGCUUGAUGGUGAGCGGCCCGAGCUUCUCCGGCUCUUUCUUGACCGGAUUGAGCCGCGAGCUCGAGGCGCCCACGGACGAGCUCCCCGCGGCAGAGGAGCCGGAGGAGGCGCGGCGGCGGGCCCACGAAGAAACGAAAUGUAGCUACGCGGCCAGCGGCAACAGAGGAGGACGGAGCCGGAGGCGAUGGAGAGCACCGCCCGCGUCUUCCCGCCCCUUAAAGGGCCAGCCACGAACCGCCAAGCCGCCUAUCGUCUCAACCUCGAGCAACGCUUCGGCGACGCUGCGACCGUCGCCGAGGGCUUCCAAGCAGACGACGCGGCCGCCGGUCAGGGAGGACCCGCAACCGGAAGAGGAUGGAGGUCAGCGACGAGGAGAGCGUGACUGGCCCCGCCCGCUCGCUGGGCACGGACUCGGAGCCGGAGCAGCCGGACCCCGCCGCGGCCGCAGCGGCUAUCGCGCCGUACCCGGGGGACAUCGACGACGAGACCGCGGCCGACCUCGCCCGCCUGCUGGACCCGGACUCGGAGCAGCCGGACCCCGCCGCGCUCCGGGCGGGUAUGGCGCCGUACCUCGGGGACAUCGACCGGUACAUGCGGUCCCUGGAGGUGAGGGGCUUCUCGAUUCCCCUUCUCGUCCGAUCCUGCGUGUGGAGGCAUCGAGGAGGCCGAGGGAUGACUAUAUCUGGACAACACAGGAAGAUAUCAAUCCCAAAAUGAGGGCGGUCCUAGUGGACUGGCUGGUGGACGUGGCUUGUACAUUCAGGCUUCCUGCUGACACACUUCACCUUGCAGUUUCAUAUGUCGACCGCUUCCUCACAACAAGUGUCAUUAAACGGCAUGAGCUGCAAUUACUUGGUGUGACCGCAUUGCUUGUUGCUGCGAAAUAUGAAGAUGACAUAUUUGUGCAUGAGGUCCAAAGAUACAGGGGCGUUACUGGCAACACGUACACCGCGCAGCAGGUUGUGAAGAUGGAGACUGACAUACUGAAAUCUCUUAACUUUGAGAUGGGGAGUCCUACUGCAAGAACUUUUCUAAGGAGAUACAUAACUGUUUGCCGCGGACGCGAUCGUGCAAAAGCGGAGAAGCUGGAGUUUCUGUGUAGCUACCUUGCAGAAUUGAGCUUGCUGGACUAUGACUGCAUACAGUUCAAUCCAUCAGUUGUUGCUGCUGCCUACCUUUUUUUGGCCAGGUUCACAAUCAGCCCAACUGCCCAUCCUUGGAACCUGACGCUGCAAAGGAACACGAAAUACAAGGUCUCUGAUCUCAAGUCUUGCAUCUUGAUGAUACACGAAUUGCAGUUGAAUGGAACGUAUCCGGGCCUGAAAGAAGACGCCGUCAAAGUCAAGUAUAAUGAUCGCGAGCUUGAGGGUGUGUCGGCAAUGGCUUCACCUAAAAAUAUGCCUCCGCGUUUCCUGAAGAACAUCAGACGGUGAAAGGCCAAAGUACUCUUGCAACAUCUUUUGCAGGCGUUGCAGAAACUACAAAUAGGGUUCUUUUGUUAGUAGAUAGACUACAGGCUUUGUUCAGGCAUUAGGGAUUUGGGGCAUCAUCUGUCGGCUUCCUGCUUAUCCAUGCCUGCCGGGCUUUAGCAGAAUCAGUUCCAGUUCCAGUUGCGUUGUAGCAGUGCGGCUACCUUCAUUGAUAUGUUGCCAUGAUAUGCGACUGGAGCAUUUUUGUACAUAUGAUAGAAUACGAUGGUGCCAUACUCGGUGAUAUUCCAUAUGAAG